CGUCAACGGUCCCUCUCUGCCUGCUCGGAGGAGACAGCCUGACACCGAGCUUAAAGGAGCUGAUCAGCUGUUGUGCGCACACGCCACCAGGACACAAUACAGGGCAGCCAUGAAAUUUCAGUACAAAGAAGAUCACCCCUAUGAGUACAGGAAGAAGGAGGGGGAGAAGAUCAGGAAAAAAUACCCAGACAGGGUGCCAGUAAUUGUUGAAAAGGCUCCUAAAGCUCGUGUUCCUGACUUGGACAAGAGGAAAUAUCUUGUACCAUCAGACCUCACUGUUGGACAAUUUUACUUCCUAAUCAGGAAGCGGAUACACCUUCGACCAGAAGACGCACUGUUCUUCUUUGUCAACAACACAAUUCCUCCAACCAGUGCCACCAUGGGUCAGCUGUAUGAGGAUAACCAUGAAGAAGAUUGCUUCCUGUAUGUGGCAUAUAGUGACGAGAGUGUGUAUGGCAAGUGACGGCAUAAAGUGUGGAUUCUUCCAACCCAACACCAUCACCACCCUCACCUACCAUAUCACCAAACACCUAACUUCUAGAACUGCACAGCUCAUGGAACCCAGCUGUUGGGCUGAUUGUGUUGGGCAGCUUGAAAGUCUACAUGGAGGGGGUCAUGGUGGGAAAUUCACUACGUUUAGAACCGGGCAGGACUAGGAUGAACAAAACUUGACUCUAAGGAUCCAAGAUGGUAAAGACCCAUACUGAAUCAUUAAGAAAAAGCAUCUCAGGGGAAAGGGGUGUAAAUACAAGGGUCAAAGGGUUCCAUGGUGCUGCGCUUGCCAUAAUAAGAACUAAGUAGUCUAGUUCAAUUCUCACAUGUAAGUGUAUGCACAUAAGAAUUUCUUUAGUGGUCACUAAGCAACAUUUUCCAUUAGCCCAUGGCACCAACUGAUAUUCCACUUCUGUUUCCUGUCUGUGAUGACCGACAAUUCUUUCUUCAUACAAUGUAAUACAGGGAGUUGAGUACCUUUUAUUGACGGUGAAUGUUAAGCUGUUCCCAUGCUUGUUAUUGAACACACAGGAGAAGGUUGAAAGCAAGCUGUAAAAUACAACUUUUUUUCUGCAGUUCUAGGCCUUUAUUUAGUAAG